AUGAGUUCCAUCCCACAGUUACCCAGGCAAUUCUGGAGAAAAGGAUUGCUCAAUAAUCUGAAAAAAAGAAGUCCCAGUUCUCCAAGGAAAGUUUGCUACUUUCUGUUUCUUUCAAUAUGGAGUUUAGACAAGCAGUUUCUGAGCCAGCCACCAAGUGCAAUCCAGGACAGGAGAAGGCGCAUAAAAUCUUGCUGUACUGCUUCCAGACUAUUCUCCCACAAUUUGAUUAAUGCCCUCUUUUCUGCUAUGACUUCUAUUCCCUCCCUGCCAACAUACGGGGCAGGUGCCUGCCUGCCUCACUUUUUCCUCUUCCUGGCUCUCAAGCUGCCUCACAUCAAGGCUGCCACGUCAGAAGACUGUGACCUUACCACAAUAUUUGUUUGCUCUUUCUGCUAGAGAAAAUGGAAUUUGCCAUUGGCAGGAGGACGCAGAAGGCCUUAAAUCAUGAACUUUCUAAACUUUUCAAUGAGAUGUGGGAUAUGGAUGUUAACCGCCUUACACCUGGGAAAGACUACACAAUUGAUUUGCAGGGAAAAGCAGGUGCCGCACAGCAAGGUGACAGUGCUGUCCAGGACAGUGCAGCCAGACAUCUGUUUCGCAACGUAAAUGAAGAACACCUGAAGAGCAUAAAAACUUUUGCAACCUUUAUUUCCUUAUUGGACAACUAUGAGACAUCAACCGGUGUAGCAGAAGUAGUGACUCCAGAAGAAAUAGUUGAAAACAAUUGUUUUCUUGAUGCUAUCUUAGCGACAGAAGUCAUGAAACUAGCUCAUGAAUAUCUGCUUAAAAAAAACCUAGCAAAGCCAAACCUUGCCGAUUUCAAGUAUCAGCUGUAUGACAUCUGGUUCCAGCUCUAUUCCAGGAAAGAAGGAGACAGACCUGAUUCUUGUGGUUUUGAACAUGUUUUUGUUGGAGAAACAAGGCAUGGUAAACAGAUCUUAGGUUUACACAACUGGGUGCAAUUUUACCUUCAGGAAAAGCGCAACCAAAUUGACUACAAGGGAUAUGUCACUCGGAAGAACAAAACCAGGCCUGACAAAGAUGACCAAGUUUUGAACAUCCAGUUCAGCUGGAAAGGCUCGGUCAAGCCAAUUGGAAGUACCUUUAUUGGUGUCAGCCCGGAGUUUGAAUUUGCCCUUUACACUGUCAUUUUCCUGCUGGCUGAAGAAAGAGUCACACGUGAAACAGUGAAGAUAGAACAGUAUGACCUACAGAUGGUUGUUUGCCGCCAUGGGCACCAUAUUGGAACAGCAUAUCCAGUACUCCUCAGCACCAGUAGUGAAGACUAG